CCCUGGCUUAGGUGCCCUUCCUUUUCUUCUUCCCUCGAUUCAAGCCCUCAGAAGGGCUAUUCCGCAGAGCAAGCGGAAUUUCAGCGGAGUUUUCAGAGCAAUUUUCAGAAUUUUCAGAGCAAGCGGAGUUUCAGUUUUCCCUCCCCUCUAAAAGGAGGCUCCAUAAAAGAAAAAGAGUGCCACUGUCGGAUGAGGGCAUUAGGGAACCUAAACGCCCCCUAGUGGCUCCUCUUUCAGCAGCAGCCUCUUCUGUUGUUACUGCUGUGCCUCCACCUCAUUGCUCUGCUGCUGUUUCUUCUGACACAGAGUCCUCUGAGUCAGAAAAGGAAGAAGGGGAAUUGUCUGAACAGAAUCCUUCUCAAGAGAAGCCCAGCUCUUCUCAUUUGUUUUCCUUGUCAGAGUUCGAGGUUUUGUUGGCCAAAGUGAAAAGUUAUUAAGGAUGUGUCCCCAGAAUCAGGGGUUCCUUACACUUCAGGUUUAGAUCUAGAGGUUUUUCCCUCUACCUCGGCUUCAACAGCCACGGUUCCUUUUCCCACUCUCUUCAUGGAUGUAAUGUAAUGUGGAAAAAAUCUCUCAUAUACGGGCUAACUUAGACUCCGUCUCCACAAUUACCUCGGUGUCUGAUGUGGAGGUGUCCAGCGACUCCUCUUGUGUGAUUAGGUUGGAUUGGUUCCAGUUUGUGACUCGUGAGGAUGUGGACAAGCUGAUUGGAAUGGUGCGGCCUACUACCUGUUCUCUUGACCCUUGUCCGACAUGGCUUAUAUUAUCUGGCAGGGGGGUUGUUGUAGAAGGCCUGGUAGAGAUUAUAAAUGCGUCCCUGAGGGAAGGUAGGAUGCCUCCUUGUCUUAAGGAGGCAAUUAUUAGACCACUUCUGAAGAAGCCUACCCUGGAUCCCUCGGACUUGAACAACUACAGGCCUGUCUCCAACCUUCCGUGGCUGGGCAAGGUAAUUGAGAGGGUGGUGGCCUCCCAGCUCCAGACAGUCUUGGAUGAAACUGAUUAGUUUGACCCAUUUCAAACUGACUUCCGGGCUGGCUAUGGGGUGGAGACUGCUUUGGUUGGCCUGAUGGAUGAUCUCCAAUUGGCAAUUGACAGAGGAAGUUUGACUCUGUUGGUCCUUCUGGACCUCUUGGCGGCUUUCGAUACUAUCGACCAUAGUAUCCUUCUGGAGCGUCUGAGGGGUUUGGGAGUUGGAGGCACUGCUUUGUAGUGGUUCUGCUCCUACCUCUCAGGCAGGUUCCAGAUGGUGUCCCUUGGAGACUGCUGUUCUUCAAAAUGUGAACAUUUGUGUGGUGUUCCCCAGGGCUCCAUAUUGUCUCCAAUGUUGUUUAACAUCUUCAUGAAACCGCUGGGAGAGAUCAUCAGGAGAUUGGGUGCAGGGUGCUACCAGUAUGCUGAUGACACCCACAUCUAUUUCUCCAUGUCAGCAUCAUUGGGAGAUGGCAUAACCUCCCUAAAUGCCUGCCUGGAGUCGGUGAUGGGCUGGAUGAGGCAUAACAAACUGAGACUGAAUCCGGCUAAGACGGAGGUACUCAUUGUCCCGGAUCGGAACUCGAGAGAUGAUUUUGAUCUGCCUGUUCUGGAUGGGGUCACACUUCCCCAGAAGGAACAGGUACGCAGUCUAGGGGUGCUUCUGGAUCCGAGCCUCUCCCUGGUGUCCGAGGUUGAGGUGGUGGCCAGAGGUGCCUUCUAUCAGCUUCGGCUGAUAUGCCAGCUGCGUCUGUUUCUUGAGGUGAAUGACCUCAAAACAGUGGUACAUUUGCUGGUAACCUCCAGACUGGAUUACUGUAAUGCGCUCUAUGUGGGGCUGCCCUUGUAUGUAGUCCAGAAACUACAGCUGGUCCAGAAUGCGGCAGCCAGGCUGGUCUCUGGGUCAUCUUGAAGAGACCAUAUUACUCCUGUAUUGAAGGAGUAUAUACUACUGGCUGCCGAUAUGUUUCCGGGCAAAACCUAUAAAGCCCUAAACAGUUUGGGCCCUGGGUAUUUAAGGGAAUGCCUUCUUCUGCAUGAACCCCACCGCCCACCGAGAUCUGCUGGAGAGGUCCGUCUGCAGCUGCCACUGGCUUGUCUGGUGGCCACUCAGGGACAGGCCUUCUCCGCUGCUGCCCCGAGCCUUUGGAAUGUGCUCCCUAGUGAAAUAAGAGCCUCCCCAUCUCUGACAGCUUUAAAAAAAGUCUUUAAAAACACAUUUCUUCACCCAGGCUUUUAAUUAAUGUUGUUUUAAUGGUUUUAAUGCUGUUUUAAAAUAUUAUUUAAAAAAUUUUAAAUUGUUGUAAUGUGCAUGUCCCCCCCUUCCCCAUUUUUGUCUUAACGAAUGUUUUACUUUGUUUUUAUUCUGUUGUAAACUGCCCAGAGAUGUAAGUUUUGGGCGGUAUAAAAAUGUUUUAAUAAAUAAUAAAUAAAUAAUAAAUGUUAGCAGAAUGGGGGGUGCCUGUUACCACUAAACCUGUUUUGACUUUUCCUAAGAAAUUAUAUACUGUACCGCCUGGCAUUAUGACUUGGUUAGCUACUCUCAUUGUAGAUGCUCCUGUGGUGCAAUUAGUGUCGUGUGCGUAGCUGAAUAAGGAAGGCGAUGAGUUUUUUAAAGUCACCUGAGGAGAAGGCGGCGGAUCAUCUUCUAUGAAAAGGUCACGAGGCCUCAGCCACUGUCAUUAGAGCAGUGACUACCUAUUCAAUCUUUGCUAGGGCGUCCAUUCUUUGGGCGAAAGAACUGAUAAGCUUGGUGCCGCCAGAAAAUGUUGAACUUCGGCAAUGUCAUUAUAAAUUGGCCAGGGCGUCUGCCAGGAGGGCGUCCACCUCUUGCAUAUAUCAACUUACCUGGCCUGCCUUCUGUUCUUGGACAGCAAAGCACGACGUCCUUCCGACUUCUGCUAGAGUGUUAGAAGUUUUGGGGUUUCUGCAGUCUGGUUUAGAGAGAAGUCUUCAUCCGAACACCUUAAGGCGGCAGGUAUCUGCUCUAUCAUCUGUUUUGGACCUCAGGGAUUCUGGUUCUUCAUAUUUGCAUCCCCAUAUUAGUCAGUUUUUGAAGGGAGCGAGUAAUUUGGCUCUUCUCCCUAUCCACAGGUUUCCCACUUGGGAUUUAAAUAAGGUUUUAAAUACCUUGACCAAGGCUCCAUUUGAACCUCUCAGUUCUAUUGCUUUGAGGUAUUUGUCCAAGGUUUUAUUCUUAAUGGUGAUAACCUUUAGCCGCCUUAAGCCAUUUUUGGAAGGGUGGUAUAGAAAUUGAAUGAAGAAAUAAAAUAACCUCUUUUAGGAGGGUCUCUGAGUUGGCUGCCCUUUCAGUGAGUGAUGAGUUGUGCAUUUUUCAAAAAAGAGUCAGUUGUUUUAAAGUUGGAUCCUACCUUCUUGACGAAGGUCAUUCUAUUUUCCAUAGAAGCCAGGAAGUGGUGUUAACUUCGUUCUGUUCCAAGCCCAUGCAUCCUAAGAAGCGUGUGGCAUAAGUUGGAUGUGUGAAGGGCUUUAAGAAAUUAUACCCACCGAACUCAGUCUUUUAGGAAAACGGCUCUUCCUUUGUUUCUUUUCAAGCAGGCGCCCACGGGACCCAAGCUUCUAAACUGUUUUUGGCCUGGUGAGCAAGAGCUCCCCUGGAGGAGACUUGUAAAGCAGCCACAUGGAGUUCUAUUUCUCCUUUUGUGAGACACUAUAAGAUUUCUUCCUUCUAUGAUCCCCAGGCAGCGGUUGGAAGAACAAUUCUGCAGUGGGUGGUCUAGGCAUCCACUCCCCGCCCUUGAUUUCAUUCAGCUUGGGUACGUCCUGUCAAGUUAGGAUGCCCUCCCCAUUCCUCGGAAAAAGAAACAUUGGUAGACUUACCAUGAAUUGUUCUUUUUCAAGGUAUGGGGAGGGCAUCCGGCCCUCCCGCGGAUACUGGGAAAGGAAUGAUAUUCCUUGGGUGGCAGGGCUACUCCCAGGGUUCAAGAUUGUGCUAUCCCUGUUCUUUCUCUUCCUUUGGAGGUCUCUGGAUUUCCCUGGUUGACCUUUCUUCUGUUCUUGUUCAUUCUGUUUCUCUGGUGGUUGAAAGCCAGAGUUUUUUUCCAGUGUGGGGCUACAGAUUUUUCGCUCACAGUCCCGGAACUGGGUUGGGUGUGGCUGGAGCAGCAUAGUAUAUACAGAUCUGAGAUCUGAUUGGCCCUGUCCUGAAGCAUGAGAAGGCUGACAACCCAUCAAGUUAUGAUGCCCUCCCCAUACCUCAAAAAAGAAAAAUUCACGGUAAGUCUACCAAUAUUUCUUUCAACAUGCAUGAGCUGGAGAAUGUGUACCCUAGAUGGUUCUUUGCAGUUGCAUGUUGUCAGGGUAGUUUUGCAGUGGGCAAGCUGAUCUUUUCACUGAUAUUGCUUAGGAACCUCAAAAUUCCCCAGGAAACACUCUGAAACACCGUACUAAACCAUAGCACACCCCCCCCCCCCCGAUUCAUAUCCCACUCUUUCUCCGAGGAACUCAGAGCGGUGUACAUGCUUAUUUUUAUCCUCACAACAACCCUGUGAGGUAGGUUAGGUUGAGAGAUACAUGACUGGCCCAGAGUCACCCAGUGAGUUUCAUGGUUGAAUGGGGAUUCGAGCACAGGUCUUCCUGGUCCUAGUCCAACACUCUAACCACUGCACUAUGCUGGCUCGUUCUGCAAUAUGCAAAGAAGUUCUGGUUAAAAGGACAAAGUGAAACAUGCUUCAUGAGAAGAAUAGUAUUUGGCACACUGGGCCAGGCAUAACAUGGUCACAUAAGCCAAACUUCAAUGUAUUGGAUGUUCCAUUCAAGCAGCUGUCUUUCUCUCCACCAUCCAGCCCCCCCCCCCUCCCAGCCACCCCUCUCUCUAAUAGGAUGGAGGCAAAUCUGGAUAAGUCAGCAUUUCCCAGGCCAUCCUUUGUUACUGCUGUUGAGAUAUCUCCAAAAACUAGCCCCGUGGAUGCUAGUGACAUUAAGAGAAAUCUUUAUGGGGAUUUUUCUUCAACCUCCAAUAUAAGCCAGAAAGACAGCUUGGGAUCCAAAGAACAUAUUCAUGUUUGCCUUCGCAUUAGGCCACAUAUGUUGUCGGAAGAAGAGGUUGAUUCCCAGGACUGCAUUUCUGUCCUUGACUCCACAAGCAUUAUAUUAAAAGCCCCCAAGAGCUCCAUGGUGUUCCAUUUUAGUGAAAAACACUUAGGGCAGACAGUGCAAAAAUUCACUUUUUCACAGGUUUUUGGCCCUGAAACAACUCAGGAAGAGUUCUUUCAAGGUACUGUGAAACAAUCGGUGCAAGAUUUCCUGAAGGGACAUAGUCGACUCAUAUUUACCUACGGUGUUACCAAUGCUGGGAAAACCUACACAUACCAAGGCACAGAUGAAGAUGCUGGUGUUCUCCCAAGAGCACUGGAUAUGUUGUUUAAAAGCAUUCAAGGCAGACUCUAUACAGAGAUGGAUCUCAAACCCCAUCGAUGCCAAGACCAUAGAAAGCUGACCAAAGAGGAGGCAAGAGAGGAAGUAGUUGUCAAAAACUCAUUACUUCGUCUUGUGAAAGAGGUGGAUUAUCAAAAUGACAUUUCUGGGGAUUGCAGCAAAACCUCUGAUCAUUCUGAAGAGUUGGGGGAUCCCUUAAAAGAAGCUGAGCAAUCUAAUAUAGAUGAAGGAAGAGGUGCAAAAUUCUCUGUCUGGAUUUCGUUUUGUGAAAUUUACAACGAAUGCAUUUAUGACCUGCUGCUCCCAAUAUCCAGUGACAAGAGAAGAAAAGUGCUGUGCCUUGCCCAGGACAUAAAAGGCUGUUCAUAUGUUAAAGAUCUACAAUGGAUUCAGGUGUGCAAUUCCAAAGAAGCUUUCAAACUCAUGAAAUUAGGCCUAAAGCAUCAGAGUUUUGCUUCGACAAAACUGAAUGCCAACUCCAGUAGAAGCCACAGCAUAUUCACUGUGAAAAUGCUAAAAAUUGAUCCUGAAUCUGCUCGUGUAAAGCAAGUUAGUGAGUUAUUUCUUUGUGACCUGGCUGGCUCGGAGCGUUGUACCAGAACACAUAAUGAGGGAGAGAGGUUAAAAGAGAGCGUCAGUAUUAACACUUCAUUGCACAUUCUAGGCAAAUGUAUUCAUGCCCUGAAGACCAGUCAGCAAUCAAAGCUGCAGCAGCACAUACCCUUUCGGGAAAGUAAGCUAACUCGCUUCUUCCAAGGCUUCUUCAGUGGUAAAGGGAAAGUGUGCAUGAUAGUAAAUGUCAGCCAGAGUGCCUCUGCAUAUGAUGAAAUGCUCAAUGUGUUAAAGUUUUCAGCAAUAGCUCAAAAAGUUGUGGUCCUCGAUGCUUCCAGUUCUUCCCAAGAGGAGUUGUGUGACCAGAUGUCUAUCAAAGCAGGAUCUGAAGUUAAUACUGAAAAGGUGUUAUUACCUGUUAAAAGAACAACUAUGCUUUGGGAGAGGACUCUGGAAGACGUGGCAGAAGAUGAAGAAGAACUGGUAGCGGAGAGCUGUGGAGUGCAAAAAGUAAAUUGUGUGGCAGAAGACCUAUUUGGGAAGGAGGCAGAGCCUGAGUCACCAAGCCAGGCAGGAGACGAGGAAGACAAUGUUUUGGUCAUUGAAAAAGAAGACUAUCAGAGGCUGCUUAAUGUAAUAGAACAGCUGAAAAAAAAGUUGAUUGACGAAAGAAAAGAGAAACUAUACAUGGAGCUAAAAAUCCGUAAAGAAGUCACAGAGGAGUGUGCUCAGUAUCUUGCUGAACAGAAUGUUGAUCUCAAGGAAUUGUUUGAGCAUAAGCAAGAACUGAUGGAGGACAGCUGUGAGGAGCGCAUACGGCUGUAUAAAGAUCUGGUGAAGGAAUGCAUCCCACUGACAAAUGGCAGAAGGGAUGCAGAAGAGAUGCACUCUAAUGAGCAGGUUGAUGAAACUAGAGAACCUGGGAAUACUACUGAUCUUGUCUGCAUGGUAGGAUCACUGCAACAGAACGUCAUGGAUAUCAGGCGGGGGACAGAAACUGUAUUCGAGUUGCUCAGUGCUUUUGAAGAUCCUCAAAGUACUAUUGAGCGGCUUGAAAAACAAUUGACUGAAGUUACAGCUGAAUUAUCCAAAGCUGAAAAGGAGAUGUCAUGCAGGUGUGAAGAGGUGAAAAUACAAGAGACUAGACUGAAUGAAUCUGCUAAAGUACUUCAAGAUGCUACUGAGAAAAUUGCUCGACAGAACAAACGCAUCCAGGAGCUCAUGCAAGUUGUAGAGCAAAAAGAUGAUGAAAUAAGUAGACUGCAAGACCUGAUAAAUCACUUGGAAACUAUUAUAAAAGACUCGGAGACCACAAUUGCUACAAUUAAACAAGAAAUAGAACAUAAAAACUCUACCAGGAAAGCAUGCUGCACCCAUUCUUGUGAGUCCAUGGAGCAAUAUGUGGGUACUGGGAGAAAACGAUGUUUAGAAAGUGAGGAAGAUGAGGAGGAAGGUCCACCUGCAAAGCAAGGGUCCAGUAACAGUUCAAAAGAUGCCAUCGAGACAAAGAACCUUGAAGAAAUGCAGCCCCACAAUUUCAAGGAAAAGGGAGAAAUUGUAGCAAUUGAAGAAAAGAAUACACUACUAGAAAUUGAGUUGGCUACACUUAGAGGACAGCUAGAAAAAGAGAAAGCUGAGAAUAAGGGACUUUCUAGUGAGAUAACUAGCUUGUCUCAGAAGCUUUCUUCUUCAGAAGAAAAAGCUUCUGGCUUGUGCAGGGAACCCCAACAACAGAAGGCUAAUUGUGAGAUGAUGUCUGAAUUAGUUGAACUGAAAGAUGUAAAUAAGCAACAAGAAGAGAAGAUUCAGCUGCUCCUUAAAGAAAUGGCGGCAGCCAGCCAAAUGCUUGCAGACAAAAAAUCUAAGAUAAAAGCAGUUGAGGUAAAAAUAGGUGAGCUAAGCAGGUUAGGUUCACAGUGCCCUAGUGCAGAUAUUGACUUGGCAAAUGGAAAGGAAGUGGUAGAGCUUCCAAAAGAGAGGCAUGAACAAGUGCUUGUUAAACCUGGUCGAAAGAGUUCAUUUCACUGUAGUGUUGAAAGUAUCUGUGAACUGACCAAGCAAAUAAUUCAUCAGUCUGCUCAAAAGAGUAGUCAAAUUCAAGACGUCUACCAACAAGUUGAGCAAUGGCAGAAGAGGGCAUUAAAUGCUGAAAACGAGAAGUGUCAGUUAACCGUAAAGUUGAGUGAAACUGUCAAUCGGGUGGAAAUAUCCUUACAGGAAAAGAAACAUCUCCUUAAUCAGUUAAGGGACCUUCAACAGGAAAAUGCUCUUUCUUCUGAAAAAUAUAGGGAAGAGGAGAAUAAAGCACUUGGCUAUUUGGAGAAAAUAAAAGAAAUGGAUGGCCUCUUGGAAGAGUGUAGGGUGAAAGAAGCCAAUAUGGCCUGCUUAGAACAAGCACUUAAAGACAAAGAGUCUGCCAUGUUAGUAAUGGAAAAGGAACUAAAAGACAUGCAGCAGAAGCUUGACGUUUCACAAUCAAACAUUAAAAAGUUAAGUGAUCAGGAAUUGCAACUGAAGGAGCAAGUUCUAGAGCUGAGGAAUAACUCAAGAACUAUUGGACUUCAGGAAAAGAGUAGAGAACAAGCUCUGGAACACUUAAAUAAAGAGCUCUUGGAGAGCACUUCUCUUUCCUCCCGUCUGCAAAUCGAAAUACAGCAAAAAGAUGAAGAAUAUGCUGAUCUGAAAGAGAAGCUGGCUGAUGCCAAAAAACAAAUUGAUCAAGUCCAGAAACAGGUUUGCACGAUGCGUACUGAAGAGAAAACACUGAGGAAUAAAGUUGGUGAACUUGAAAAGGUUAAAAAUCAGCUCACUGAGGAGCUAGAUAUCAAACAGAGAACAAUUCAGCAAUUUAACAAGGAAGAGCUCAGCAAGAAACUGAAAGAUGUUUCACAGCAGUACCAGAAAGCCUGUAAAGAUCUAUCUUCCAAAGAGAAAAUAAUUGAAGAUAUGAAACUGACUUUGGAGGAGCAAGAACAGACUCAGCUGGAACAGGAUCAAGCACUUGAGGCCAAGAUAGAAGAGUGUAAAGGUUUUGUGGAAGAACUGGAAGAAUGGAAAAAGGGAUACCAUGAGCUAGAGAAGCAGAUCAGUAGUUUGGGACAACAAAAUGUUGAUGCAGAAUGUGAAGGAGGUGAAGAACUGGCUAGAGAAGAACUGAGGAGAUUGAAAGACAAACUGAAGGAAUGUGAAGAACAACACGUAAUAAAUCACAAAAAGUGGUUGGCAGAAAAAAUGACCCUCUUAACUCAGGCAAAAGAAGCAGAGACUUGCCGUAACAGAGAAAUGAAACGGUUUGCAGGAGAUAGAGAGCAACAUACCAAGCAGCUAGCGGAAGCAGAAAAACUUGUGACAGAAAAAGAAAACAAUCUUAAAAAAUGGCGCUCUGAGAGAGAUCAGCUAGUAGCAGCCUUGGAAGUUCAGCUUAGUUCUCUGCUUUCUAGCAAUGCACAAAAAGACAAAGAGAUAGAAGAACUUAAAAAGUCUGCAAAGAAGGCUUCUGGAAAUGGUUGUGAAACCAUAGAGGAACUUGGACAGUCUGCUGAGAGGGAUUAUGUAGAACUAAAACAGAUUGGUUGUGAGAAUUCCAAACCUAUAAUACCGCCCAUGCUAAAAGCAACAGAAGAAGCAGAAGGUCUUGAUAAACAGCCUAAAUUAAAACAAACCAACUCACUGCACCAUAAUGAGACUGGGGACACUGAUCCAUUGCUGCAAAAGUCUAGCAGGACAUCAUUGGUAGAAGACCUUCAGGAGGACCAGUCAGAAGCGAUCCUAGACUCUUGUGAAGUAUCUGCAGGGAGUGACCAAACCAGCCGCUUUCCAGAACCUGAACUGGAAAUUAACUUUACACCUCUGCAGCCCAAUAAGAUGGAAGUGAAGCAUCAGGGCAGUCCUUCUGCAGUGACUAUAAAAGUGCCCAAGGCAAGAAAAAGGAAAAGCAAUUCAAUGGAUGAGACUGCCCCUGACCAAUCUCUUAGAAAGGGUUAUCCCUCAAAAAAGAAGCAUAUUGUGCAUAUCACGGAUUCACCUGUAAGCAGAGGUAGAACGCUAAAAAAAGUUGGAUUUUUCCUGCGUUCUCCUACAAUCAUACACUCCAAAGCAAAGGAGUUGUUGACAGCGAUGAAAUCUCCCAAGCCUACAGAGGAAGAAUCUGUUAAAGAAAAUGAUCACAAUCCAAAACAAGCAAAGCACAAGUUAUACUCCACUGACAUUUCUUCGCCUGUUGAAUUUUCAGGUCAUAUGACUGCUCCUGACCAAUCACUUAAAAGGGAUUAUUCCUUAAGAACAAAGAAAGUGAUGACAACAGUGAAAUCUUCCACAGAGGAGGAAUCUAUUAAAGAAAAUUAUCGCAAGCCAAAGCAAGCAAAGCGCAAGUUGUACUCCACUGACAUUUCUUCGCCUAUCGAAUUUUCAGGACAUGUGAUCAUUAUGGAUCAAAAGGAAAAUGAUCAUGAAAUCAUCAAGCGUCGGCUCCGACCAAAGAAAGCUCAUUAAUUUCUGUCAUGAAGAAUCAUGUGUAUAAUUUGUCAACGGCUGAAUUCCAGAGCAUAGCCCAUCUGCAAUGAACAAGAGCGGCUGUGGACUGAAAACAACAUAGUGUUUCUGCUAUUAGUUAUAUGUACAUACAAACGUUCCCCCAUGUUUCCAAAAUGUUUGUAUAGGUUUCAUUUAUAGUCAAAGUGGAAAUUAUAUUAAAUAUAUUCAUAUUUACCACUUUGUUUUAAGGCGCUGUGUGUGUGUGUGUGUGUGUGUGCGUGCGCGUGCGUGUGCAUGUGCGUGCACAUGCAUGUUAAAGUUUCUAUUCUCUCCAGAGGAAAUAAAAGACAAAACUUAAUGUAUUCUAUAAUUAUACCACACAUGCUUUAAAGAUAGGCUUUGGUG